ACUACAUCCUGUUUCCGCGGAAAUACGAGGACCCGGAAGUUGUUCCGAUUCCGCGGGUCUUUUGGGACAACACAGCUCCGUAGUACACAGAGAGCAGAAAUGGCGGCUGUAAAUACCAUGGAGAAAAAGCUGGCUGAAUACAAGUGUGACACCAAUGAAGCCAUCUGUUUGAAGCUUGUUCGCUUUCCUGAAGAUGUUGAAGAUGAUGGCACCACAUUCCACCCAGAAUACAGCCACCAAAUCUUCGGAGAUGACGAGGUCGCUUUUGGAUACAAAGGUCUUCAGAUACAGCUCUUCUACACGGCCGGAAACCUGAGCACCCUCUUCAAAGUGAAAUACUCCUCAAAAGUUACUGAGACUUUUGAUUGUGUGGAGCCUGAUGAGGUUGAAGGGAAGGUCCGUGAAAUCGUUCCUGCUGGGUUCACCUGCAACACAGACGACUUCAUCUCACUCCUGGAGAAAGAGGCCAAUUUCAAGCCCUUCGGCACUCAGCUUCACACGUACACAGUCCACAGCGAGGAGGCCGGAGAACUCACAUACCAGAUUCACAAGGCUGAUAUCACCUGCCCAGGAUUCCAAGAGUACCACGAGCGCCUGCAGACCUUCCUCAUGUGGUUCAUAGAGACUGCCAGCUUCAUCGACGCAGACGACGAUCGUUGGGACUUCUUUCUUGUAUUUGAAAAGUACAAUAAAGAUGGGGAGACUCUCUACGCAACUGUUGGCUACAUGACAGUUUAUAAUUACUACGUGUACCCAGACAAAACCCGACCACGUGUAAGCCAAAUGUUGAUCCUGCCUCCAUUCCAAGGAGAGGGUCAUGGAGCUCAGCUCCUGGAGGCAGUGCACAGAUUUUAUUGCAGCCUGCCCAAAGUGCAAGACAUCACAGCUGAAGACCCCUCUGAGAACUACGUGAAGCUGAGAGACUACGUGUUGGUCAAACUUUGUCAGGGCCUGUCGUCCUUCGCAGUGGACAAGCUGCACCUGGGUUUCUCAGCUGACAUGAUCAAAGAGGCUCAAGACAAGUUAAAAAUCAACAAGAAACAUGCGAGGCGUGUGUACGAAAUCCUGCGUCUGAGAGCCACGGACAUGAGCGAUGAAGAAAAAGCCAGAGAGUACCGUUUGGAGGUGAAGAAGAGGCUAUUUGGACCAUACAGGAAGAACCAGAGGGAGCUGGCAAAGAUGAGGAAGUGCCUGCGGCCGGAGGAGCUGGUGUCCCACAUGGGUCAGAUGGACACUCAGACGCAGCAUGAGGAGCUGGAGAAGAGUUAUCAGGUUGUUGUUGAAGACUACAGGAGAAUCAUUGAGAGGCUCGCAACGCAGGCCUGAUCAGAACGUGAGAUGCUGCCGGCCUGGAGCCCACCCUCUCAACUUACAGGUGCUGUGCCCUGUCUGUACAAAGCCCACAUCAUCACAGACUUUAGCUGCAACCAAGAGGAAGCUUCUCCUAAUGUGACACAAUCAGUUUUAAUUCAAGAGUGUUACAAAUGUAUAGUGACUGGUGUAGCAGUGAUAGGUUCCAAUGGAAUACGCCUGUCUGUUUCCCAGCUGAUACAGUAGUAGAGGAGAAGAGUGCAGCUGGAGGGUGAGACGUCCUGUUUUUUCUCAUGUGUUUAAUCACAUUGUGUGACGUAGCAAGAAUAUUUCACAGGUGAUAGGACGUCCACUAACGUGCAGACAAACAUGGCUUCUUCUCCAUCACAGACAUUUUUUACAAGAUCUUUUGUUAAAACGUUUCCCAAUGUGUUUGAAGCACUUCAGACUGAAAAUAUAAAAAAAAUGGUUUUGUAUAUUCCUCGAAUGGUGGGAGUUUUGUUGACGAGAAGAAAAUAAAACAACAAUUCUUGUUUUGUCA